AACAAAAAUUGACUAUUAAUGAUCAGCUGAAGAACAUUUAGAUCGAAGUGAAUAUCAUCAUUCGUUUCAGUUUGCUAUUACCAUUCCAUCGACAUGGCCAUGCCACGUUUAUAUUUCAUUUUUCUUUGUGUAACAACGGCAACAAUAAACGUUGGAGCAAAGUCAUUCUACGAGUCUGUACCAAAGGACUCUGUCUGCAAAAUAUUGGAUCCACAAAUUGUGUACAACUAUACUUGCAUAAACAAACAUAUCAAUCAAACACUGAGUGUACUGACACAGGACAUUACCUUUCAACCUGGUGUCGUUCUCGAUAACUAUCACGUGAGAAUUCAAUUAAAUCGUAAAUUCGGCAAAACGUUUCGACCUUUUAUGAUAAAUGCCGAACAAGAUUUUUGCGCUCUUUCAAAGGAUAAUUCAAUCCAAUCGCUGGUAACGAAAAUGUUAGAUCUAAAGGAGAGGAAACAAUACGGCAAUUGGUAUCACCCGUGUCCUGUUUCGGGAAGAAGAUAUGAAAUUGAUGCACCCAUGGAUUCCAACAAAAUACCUGCUGUAGCGGUGAAUGGAGGCUAUCGAUUAGAUGUGAUCGGUUUCACCUUUAUAGACGGCGUGAAAAAAGAGUUUCGUCUUACACAUCACUUCGGAGAGUAUCGCUUAAAAUCAAAUAGAGGCUCCUAA